GCAACAUGAGUCAAAACUAAAUUGAGGGCAAGCGCUGAACCUUGUACAUGGAUAAGAAUGUCUGCCCGUUCAGCACCUUCAACGGAGAUCACUCAGGCCACUGACACAGUUAUCAAGACCAUCGUUGAUCUCGUACAACAUACUGGAGCUGAAAAACUGAAACUGGUAGACGCGAAACUAAUACCGCUCGUGCAAUGGGCCAAGGACUAUGCCGGUUAUAGGUUCCGACACAAGGAGAUUAUUAGAAUCCUGCGCGACGAAGGCCAACUAAACGACCUUUCUGAUCAACUUCGAAAACUCGCAGAAGAUUCUCUCCAAGCAGGCGAUGCAUUCGUUCUUGCUCGAGCAGAAGCUGACUGGGAAGGCGAUUGGGUUCAUCCCCGAUGGAAAAAGGCGGCCAUGGUGCGCGCACAGGCUGCUGAGAAGCAAAGAAAAGAAGACCUCCUUGUCGCAGAACGUAGGAGAGUUGAUGUUUAUACCCGUCUUCGUGAUGUUUGUAAUACGAACAUUGAAGAUCUUCCAUUCAAUUAUUCCGAAGAUUCGGACUCAGAGGACGAAAUUCUCCAAGCAGCUUCGGUCGGCGCACCUGGUCCAUCUAGCUCUUCUAACUCAACCGCGCACAACCCAGCCAACCGGACAUCUUCAUCAAUUGACACCAUGCGUCGUACCGGACCAUUGUUCUCAAACCUAGCUAAACCUCGAAGCGCAAUCCCAGGUACUACUUCGAUUGUUAACAGAGCCCCGCAGGCAGGGACAGAUGCACAACAACAAAAGCGAAAGGCGGAAGCUUUUUUGCACGGAGAUUUCAACAAACGCUCACGACCAGAUGAUUCCACCGUGCGUGCCGCAUUGCCAACGAACCCCGGGGUUCCAGUGCCUUCUGUACCGGCCCAGCACCCGCUACUUCCAUUUAAUUUCCGAGGCCUAUCCAAAGAAGCUCAACAGAUCUCCAACUUCAAACAAUACGAGAGAACUCACAGCGGCGACAUUGUUCAGACUUUGAAUGUUCAUUUCAAUGGAAGCACAAAUCUUCUCGCAAAUGAGGCCUAUGUGCGGGAAAUUUCACAAACAUUGCCAUCGUGCAUCGCUUGCACCAAGAGAAACAUAAAAUGUGUAUGGAUCUUUGACCGCGCUCGGUGCGAGUUUUGCUCGGCUACAUCGAAACACUUGAAGUGUAGUUUUGGCGAUACGCUCCGAUGGCAUCGAGCUUGUAGCCAGCUUCCAGAUCACGAUCCUUCAGAAAUUCGAAAGGUGUUUGAGCAGACGUCUCUCGGUAACGGAAAUUCAGACCCUUUCUGGUACGAAAAGAUUAUAGAUGGCCACCGCUCCCCUUCCCUCUGAUUUCAUUAUAAUCCUAUCCUAUCUUAUUACCUUCAUUUACUCUCUGUCCGAUCGCUUUGUUUUUGUGUAUCUCAAUACCCUGCGAACACUUUCUGACCCUCCUUUUUGCUUUACUCUGCUGUCUAUCCUCAUCCCACUUUUCUCGCAUACUGUGGAAAGGCUGAUAAAUUAUUGAUGUUGUACUCCGUACUUUUUACUAUCAGGAAUGCUCUAAUUUUCUUACUUGCA